AAUAGCAUUUUGAGAAUGAGGGUCUUCAUGAACUGGGAAGCCCCGUUUUUCUUUCAAGCCACAGCUUUAUACCAGCUAGCUGCUUUUCCAUUUGCUAUUUUGUUCCAUUAUCUAUGUGCCUCUGGGAAUCUUUCUAUAAAUGCAAGGUACACUUUCCUCCUGGUGGGUGGUUUCCUCCUGGCCUGGGCUGCCAUGGGGUGCUAUGCCCUGCUGCUGCUUAUAUCUGCCUUCUCCUCUCUUGCUGUAAUCCAUUCCACUGGCCCACAGCAGGUCCACACAUGGGCAUUCUUCGUUCAGAUGACCUGGCAAACACUCUGCCAUCUUGGGCUGCAUUAUAAAGAAUAUUACCUACAAGAAGCUGCAUGUAUCAGAUUGCCCAUUGCCCUUUCUGCCCUCAUGCUGAUGACCCAAGUCACCUCACUGGCUUUGGAUAUCCAUGAAAAAAUGAGGGUGGGCUUGCCAUCUGAAGAGAGGAGAUCCUUUUGCUGGCACCUGCUCCAGGCACUGCCACCGUGUACUUAUCUGCUGUGUUUCCCGACCCUGCUGGGAGGCCCUCUGUGUUCUUUCCGCAGAUUUCAGGUGGUAAGGUAUUCCAAGGCUCCGUUUUCUUCGGGUCUUCUCUCGGCUGCCACUCGAAAAGGCCUGGGGGCUCUGACUCUGGGCCUGUUGAACAAUAUCAUGAGGGGAUACAUUUCCCCUCUGGACGACCUAAUCGACUGCACCCACUUUGACUGCGUUUACGUCAUGUGGACCUCAGCCCUGUCCUUCAGGCUCACCUAUUACUCUCACUGGCUGCUUGACGAGUCCCUCUUCCUUGCUGGGUUUGGGGCUGAUCUUGGCCACCACCAAUAUUCAGCAGCUGCCGACAGAGUCGUCAUGGACACAGGCAUUUGGACCCUGGAAACAACCAACACAAUUGCCGGCUUUACCCGAACAUGGAACAAGAGCACAGCCCAGUGGCUGAGGCGUCUCAUAUUCCAGCAGAGUAGUUCACAUCCUCUCCUGGCCACCUUUGCCUUCUCAGCCUGGUGGCAUGGCCUCCACCCUAGCCAGGUCUUUGGGUUUUUGUGCUGGGCCGUUAUGGUGGAAGCAGACUACCGCUUCCAUCGCUUUUUUGGUUCAGUGGCAAAAUCCUGGCUUCAGAAGCUGCUGUACCAAACUGUGACCUGGUGUCAUACACAACUGGUGGUGGCGUACAUUAUGAUUGCUGUUGAGAUUAGGAGUGUCUCCAUGCUUUGGCAGCUGUUGUCUUCGUACAAUAGCUUCUUUCCACUAGUCUCUGUCACUGUGCUCCUCCUGUUAGUAAAGAAAUGAGUGAGCAGCCCCACUGGUCCUCACUAGCUCAUUUCGCAUCCUUAGAUGGAGGUGU